AUGAUGAAUUACCAGAAGUACUAUCCGGCGCCCUCGACAUAUCCUCCGCAUACGCUAUCAAUACCAACCCACGACCCUCGCUUCACUGCAUCACGUCCUCCUGCUCCUCCGGCUCCCCCUGUCGUCGUCGCCGUCACAGCUGCUGCUCCAUCCGUCUCAUCGCCCUCGUAUUCGCACAGACCACUGCGACCCUCGUCCGACCAGGGCCAUCAGGCCGACCAGGCGCGAUACGAAUUGCCACGAUCAGCACCAUCAGCCGCCUACAACUACCCCCUGCCAGAGCGCACCCCUGCUGUCGCGCCACAUUCCGCUGAUCAUGGGUAUGCGUCAUAUCGGAGAGGGGACAUUGUGUAUCACGUCUCACAGGCGACCCACGGUUCACGGAAGCGGCCUCAUCGCGAUGAAGGCCCGGAGGUUGAUCCUAAUCUAGGUCGUCGUUACCGCGGCGAUGGCGAGGGUCACACUGUGUACUCCGGCCAGCCAGAUCAGCCCUCCGCUCCCUCGUCAGGUUCUCGUCGGAUGCCUCCUCCGUCUCCACCGCAACAUUACCCGUCGCGCGGCCCAUCGGGAAAUACGGCCUCUCUUUCCACACCAUUCUUGUCGCGUGAGCCUCCCAACACCGCGGCCCAUCAUCGUCCAGGGAGCAGCAUGUCGAUAUCGUCCAUGCUAGGCUCGGACGCUGACCGACCACCGCGGGAUGUAGGCUCGUCGAUAUUCUCGCGUCUUCCUGUCUCCUCCGGCCCGUUCGGCAGCGCGCCCCCGCCGCCAUCAGCCCCCGGUGCCAUGUCCCCUCCUACGGCUCCUGCACGACCAGCGCAGCACGAUUACCCGUUAUUCCGACGAUCACAAACCCCUGAAAAACCGUUUGCGAGGAACAACCAGCCGAACAGAGGAUAUCGAACGAGCUCGGGAGGCGGCCCGCCGACGACAGGUACUGAACAGCCCAAGUAUAGCGGUCUGUCUCGCCUAUCGUCUGCGUCGCAGUACGCGAGUAAGCCCAACUCCGCGCACCCAUCACCGCAGGUCUCUCCAGCCGAACCAACGUACAACGGUAAUGAGUCGCGUCGACCGAGCUUCAGUGGGCCGCCUCGACCGAACAGCCAGCCCCAGCACCUCGAACCUCCACCACGACCACCCGGCUAUAGCCCGCUAUCACGGCAUGCUGCCGCUCCUGUUGAGAGCCCAUUUGGAGCGUCGCAUCAGCGACCCCCGUCAUACAUGGGCCAUGACCCUCAGCAUGGCCGGUUCGGAGGAUUGUACGGCGACCGUCAGGCUGAGGAACAGGCUCGUCGAGAUAAGGAGCGGGGUAUGUCGCAGCCAGAAAGUAAGGUAGGCGCUGCGCCUUCAAGAUAUGGUUCACUCUACGCGGAUCGCGACACAACAGCCGGUCGGCAGCAAAGCACUUCGUCAGCGUGGGAAAUGGGUCGUUCGCAACCAGCCUCGCCGGAAACUAAGCGGUUGUCGGCAUCGGAACCAAACUCGUAUAGCUUCGGCUUCGGCGCGAUUCAGAACUACACCAAGACUCUAGGCUCGCAGCCGGGAGGUGCUCGCCAGCCGCUCCCGGUUCAGACCCAGCAGGGUCACAGAACAUCCUCCCCACGCGAUCAGCCGGCGUACCUCAACAAACGACACAGCGGUUCUCAUAUCUACGGCGGGCCCUCUUCUGGUCCAUCUCCUACGUUUGCACACCCUUCCCCGGAUGAUCAACCUCGUAAGGGCAGCGAUGAGUUGUUACACCAUCGUAACCUUCUCGGGGUUGGUCUAAAUGUAAAACAGGGCCGAGCUUCUCCACUUCCCCAAGCCGUGCAAGGUGCUCAAGCUCAAAUCCUUGGCCCUGCUGGCGAGUCAGGCAUCAAGAGCGAGCUAGGGCGGGUUUUCGCAGGCAUCGGGAGUGGUGUUGGCGGUGUCACAGCUACUACCACGGGCAGUGGACCUUCAACGCCGAUGACUGCAAGCCCUUUCAAGCGUGAUAGCCUCACUGCUCGGUCUUCUAAUACAGAACCAGCGGACGAGAAUAAAACUACUCGACCUGGCUCUGCAACCGGGAAGCGCCCAAGAAGGUCAGAGGAAGAGAAUCGACUGGAAGGCGAAAAUGGGGUAGAUGUACGACUAGGAGGAUCUACGCGUGGUGGUCGACGAAGUCGCGCUGCUCCGCAUCAUCACCACCACCAUCAUCACCACCACCAUCAUCAUAAACCUGAAGAGGAACAUUCCUCCUUUGGCAGCUCUCACAGACCACUUGGCAUGAACAUGAUUCACCGACCGAGUGAUGGUCUCGGAGGAGAAGCCGUGCAUCCGCACCACCACCAUCACCAUCAUCACCACCACCAUGUGCCCCGAACCGCAGCUACUGCUGCUUUGAUGCCAAUGCGGGAACCUCGAACUGUCGUUACAAUCGAACCUGUGAUUUCCAGCGUCUCUCAUCUUCCUCGCCAGCAUCUCGGCUCAACAUUAUAUGCUCCGCGGAUUGGAGCGCCGACCGCGAAAGCGACAUUGGAGAGCGCCAAGUUCGGAUACACAACCACUCCCCUGCCUCUCCCCCGUUUCGAUGGCAAGGAGAACUGUACUUUCACGAUUCGCGUCCCUCGCUUCCGGAUAGAUAACGGUCACCGCGAGGAAAUCUGCGCUCGACGCGCUGUCUGGGGCACUGGUAUCUAUACUGACGAUUCGGAUCCAGUUGCGGCGGCGAUUCAUUCGGGCUUCAUUCGCGGUGCUUGGGGCGAAGACGUGGAUCCCGAUAUGCUCGACCUGGAGAUCAAGGAAGCUUUCCAGCACGCCCCUAAGACGGCCCAGGACAUGGGACUCGAAGAAGGCGAACGACCCAAAAUCCCUCCGCCACCGCCGGCUGGCAAGGACCUCCACAUUACUUUGCUCAUCCUCCCCAAGCUGGAACGCUAUGAAAGCAGUGUGCUAUUCGGUCUCAAGUCUCGUGUCUGGGAGCAGAAUCACGAUGGCAUGAGCUUCAAGGUUCUUCGUGUCGAGUGGGUGGACGAAGGAGUCGGUCGGGCGGAAGAGCGCAGCGGCGAGGCCAGGAGGAAACGCCUGCGCAACCUCAUCCAGUCCGGUCGUAUCUGUACAGGACCCGGGGUGGUGAAGCUGGAUCAACUCCGCAGUGGAAUCCAGGUUCCACGGCGCAAACCGAAGGCAAUCGAGGGCCAAGAGCAGCCUACAUCCGCCAUGCCAAUUGUCUCGUGA